UCUAGUAAGAUUAGUCUUCAGCAAAUCUGUUAUCUGGUAAUAGUGAUACGUAUUUGUGAAAAUUACGUAUAAUUUAAAAAUAUAUAAGCGAAAGAAUACAAAAUCUGUAUAGAAUGCUUGUAUUAAAUACGCUUAGCCCAUCUGUUAAAUUCGGCCUUCAUUUUGCUGGUAUUUGGCCUGCAACACCAUUUCCAUAUUUACAUAAGUUAGGUUGGCUUGCAGCGAUAGCUGCACUUCAAAGUUAUCAAUAUAGAUAUAUUGUAAUGCAUUAUAAAUCUGAUAAUCUCAUGAGUAUAAUAGAUAAUUUAAGCAUAGCUAUGCCGUUCAGUCUAGUAUUUAUCAAAUUAAUUGUUACUUGGAUAAAUCAUGGCGUGUUUUGUGAUAUUUUAUCAACUAUGGAAAAGGAUUGCCAAAAAUAUGCUGUUAUAGAUAUAAAUAACUUAAUAUCGAAAACGGGACAAAUCUCUUUUUAUAUGACAACUAUUGUCAUAUCUUCAUAUUUAGUGUCUGCUGCUUUUUAUAUUACCGGUACUUUAGCUUUUCAACGAAUUAAUAGCUCAAUAUCUCGAGAACUUCUUUUCAAAAUGGAUUUGCCUUUUGAAACCAAUGAAUCUCCAAAUUAUGAAUUUGUAGUAACUUCGCAACUUCUUAUUCAUGUAUCAGCAGCUCUUACGUUUGGAACGUUCAGUGCUCUGCUUUUAAUGGUGGUUCUUCAUAUAGGAUGCCAAAUUGAUAUUUUGUGCCAAAAUUUAUUAGAUAUUCCUCAUAUAUGUGCAAGUCAUUUAAAAUUUUUCAUUAUCAGAUAUCAAGAAAUCAUUAUCUUUGCAGAAAAAGUUGAAAAACUAUUUACAUAUAUAGCACUUAGUCAACUUGUAUCAAAUACUUUAAUUACUUGCUGUGUAGGAUUCCUUAUUGUAAUUGCAAUACACGAGGAUAACGGCCUUCCAUUAUUACUCAAAUCUAUUUUAUUUUACAUGGUAAUUUGUUUAGAAGCGUUUAUAUAUUGUUUUGCUGGUGAAUAUCUUCGUAUUAAGGUUUUUAAAUAAAAUAUCAUUUUGUUUCAUUAUAUUUUUUGUCAAAUGUACUGUAAUGAAAAAAAUAUAAUAAUUUUUCUUUAGAUUUCUUUGAAAAGAAAGUGAUCUUGACAACAAUCUACAUUAUAAUUUACUUAUUUAUUUCUUGUCAUAAAUUAAAUAUUUCGCUUUUAUGUUUUCUUCUGGUAUAUUAUAUUUAUUAUUAAA